AUGGCCGAGCGGGGCCGCCUGGGCCUGGCCGGCGCGCCCGCCGCGCUCAACACGCCGGUGCCCAUGAACCUGUUCGCCACCUGGGAGGUGGACGGCUCCAGCCCCAGCUGCGUGCCCAGGUUGUGCAGCCUGACCUUGAAGAAGCUGGUGGUGUUCAAGGAGCUGGAGAAGGAGCUCAUCUCGGUGGUGAUUGCCGUCAAGAUGCAGGGCUCCAAGCGGAUCCUGCGCUCCCACGAGAUCGUGCUGCCCCCCAGUGGACAAGUGGAGACCGACCUGGCGCUGACCUUCUCCCUGCAGUACCCUCACUUCCUGAAGAGAGAAGGCAACAAGCUCCAGAUCAUGUUGCAGCGGAGGAAACGGUACAAAAACCGAACGAUCCUGGGCUACAAGACGCUGGCGGCAGGCUCCAUCAACAUGGCCGAGGUGAUGCAGCACCCCUCCGAGGGCGGCCAGGUGCUCUGCCUCUGCAGCAGCCUCAAGGAGGCCUCCGUGAAGGUGGCCGAGAUCUGGAUCUUCUCGCUGUCCAGCCAGCCCAUCGACCACGAGGACAGCGCCAUGCAGGCGGGGCCCAAGGCCAAGUCUGCAGAUAACUACUCCGAGGAAGAGUACGAGAGCUUCUCCUCUGAGCAGGAGGCCAGCGACGAUGCCGUGCAAGGGCAGGACUUGGACGAGGAGGACUUUGAUGUGGGGAAACCCAAGAAGCAGCGGCGAUCGAUAGUAAGAACGGCGUCCAUGACCAGGCAACAGAACUUCAAGCAGAAGGUCGUGGCAUUGCUGCGGAGAUUCAAAGUGUCGGAUGAGGUCCUGGAUUCGGAGCAGGACCCUGCAGAGCAUGUCCCCGAGGCAGAGGAGGACCUGGACCUUCUGUAUGACACGUUGGACAUGGAAAACCCCAGCGACAGUGGCCCGGACCUGGAGGAUGACGACAGUGUCCUCAGCACCCCCAAGCCAAAGCUCAGGCCCUACUUCGAAGGGCUGUCGCACUCCAGCUCACAGACGGAGAUCGGGAGCCUGCACAGCGUCCGGAGCCACAAGGAGCCUCCGAGCCCGGCCGACGCGCCUGAGAAGACCCGGGCCCUGGGAGGCAAGCAGCCCAGCGACAGCGCCUCCGACACGGGGACCCCCAGCAUGCCCGCCCCUGGGGAGCAGCCGGCACAGCCUGAGGACAGCCCGGAGGCAGAGACCUCGGCUCUGGACCUGUUUGCGGAGAAGCUGCCGCCCAGCGGGCGGAUCACCAAGACGGAGUCCCUUGUCCUCCCCUCCACCAGGUCUGAGGGGAAGCAGGCCGGCCGCCGGGGUCGGAGCACGUCCCUGAAGGAGCGGCAGCCGGCGAGGCCGCAGAACGAGCGGGCCAACAGUCUGGACAGCGAGCGGUGCCCGGACACGAGGAGCCAGCUGCAGAUCCCCAGGAAGACGGUGUACGAUCAGCUGAACCACAUCCUCAUCUCUGACGACCGGCUUCCUGAGAACAUCAUUCUCGUCAACACCUCCGACUGGCAGGGGCAGUUCCUGUCAGAGGUCCUGCAGAGGCACGCGCUGCCCGUGGUGUGCACCUGCUCUGCCGCGGACGUGCAGGCCGCCUUCAGCACCAUCGUCUCGAGGAUCCAGAGAUACUGCAACUGCAACGCGCAGCCGCCGACGCCCGUGAAGAUCGCCGUGGCCGGGGCGCAGCACUACCUCAGCGCGGUGCUGCGGCUCUUCGUGGAGCAGCUGUCCCACAAGACCCCCGACUGGCUGGGCUACAUGCGCUUUCUCGUCAUCCCGCUGGGCUCCCACCCCGUGGCCCGGUACCUGGGCUCCGUGGACUACCGCUACAACAACUUCUUCCAGGACCUGGCCUGGAGAGACCUGUUCAACAAGCUGGAGGCCCAGAGCGCCGUGCAGGACACGCCAGACAUCGUGGCAAGGAUCACACAGUACAUCGCAGGCGCCAACUGUGCCCACCAGCUGCCCAUCGCGGAGGCCAUGCUGACCUACAAGCAGAAGAGGAAAAAGAACUUUCACUUUGACUUUACCCUCAGCCCUGACGAAGAGUCCUCUCAAAAGUUCAUUCCCUUCGUAGGGGUGGUGAAAGUCGGAAUAGUAGAACCGUCCUCAGCCACGUCAGGUGACUCUGAUGACGCGGCCCCCUCGGGCUCCAGUGUGCUCUCAUCCACCCCACCGUCCACGUCUCCCGCGGCCAAGGAGGCCUCGCCCACCCCGCCUUCCUCCCCGUCGGUGAGCGGGGGCCUGUCCUCCCCCAGCCAGGGCCUUGGCGCCGAGCUGAUGGGGCUGCAGGUGGACUACUGGACGGCAGCCCCGCCCGCAGACAGGAAGAGAGAGGUGGAGAAGAAGGACCUGCCCGCCACCAAAAACACGCUCAAGUGCACCUUCCGGUCUCUCCAGGUCAGCAGGCUGCCCGGCAGUGGUGAGGCCGCAGCCACACCCACCAUGUCCAUGACCGUGGUCACCAAGGAGAAGAACAAGAAGGUGAUGUUUCUGCCCAAGAAAACCAAGGACAAGGACGUGGAGUCCAAGAGCCAGUGCAUCGAGGGCAUCAGCCGCCUCAUCUGCACAGCCAAGCACCAGCAGAACAUGCUGCGGGUCCUCAUCGACGGGGUGGAGUGGAACGACGUGAAGUUCUUCCAGCUGGCGGCCCAGUGGUCCUCCCACGUGAAGCACUUCCCCAUCUGCAUCUUCGGACACUCCAAGUCCGCCUGCUAGCCCCGCCCCGAAGCCCUGGACGCCGAGCGCAGGGAGGGCCCAGCUGCUUUUCUGUUAACAUUUCAGUUUACUACAGAGACCCUUAAAAACACAAAGAAAAACAGUCUUAAGUACGAAUGUGCUCUCCACCCGGAAACUCGCCAGGAGCCCCCCCACCCCCCCCCCAGCCCGUUAACUGCUCUGCCCAUUAACCAGACGUGCCGGGAGGGCGCGGGGAGGGCGGGCAGUGCUGAGCUCGGAGAACCACGAGCUGUGUUCCGGCCUCAGGACCUCCCGGGCAUCCCAGCAAGAAGGGUCCUCACCUUCGCGUCCUUCCUGAAAGCCAGGACCCUGCUUGCUCAGGGAGCUGGGGUCAGGCGGGUGGCCGCACAGAUCCGCGGGCGCCUGUGUGCGCAGGCACCGAGCCGGGUGGCAGGGCACCGAAGGCCGGCCUCCCGUCGGGAGUGCCCUGAGCAGAACACGGAGGCUGGGCAGCUGUCCAGCGGCCACGGGACGCCCCAGCACCGCCCACUUGUGGUUCCCAAUAAACUCCAGCCUCGCAGGGCCGCGGAGGUUUUACAGUA